AUGGUCGAUGAAGUUGAAGACGAACAUUUUGAUCCUCGUACUCUAUUAAAUGAUGAUGAUGACCAAAAGCUUCAUUUAUUUAUUAAAGCUGGUACAGAUGGUCGAUCAAAAGGUGCAUGUCCAUUUUGUCAAGAUGUCUUUCUUAAAUUAUUAAUAAAACGUGAAGCUGAUAAUGAUUUUAGUUUUGAUGUUAUAACAAUAAAUUGUAAAAAUCCACCAAAAGAAUUUAAAGAAAUAUCAAAAAAAUUACCAACGCUUGUUCAUGGUGAUAUGGUUUUAAGUGAUGUUGAUGAUAUUGAAGACUAUCUUGAUUCAUGUUAUCCAAAUUAUAAAUUAUCAUUACAUGAUCCUGAUGCAUUCAAAGUACAAUCAAAUGUAUUUAAACGUUUCACAUAUUUAAUUAAAGAUGUUCAUAAUAAUCCACAAACACUAAUGUAUGAAUUAGAAAAAAUUGAUAAUUUUUUUCGAACACGUGGUACAAAAUAUAUAUCAGGAGAUCAAAUAACAGGUCUUGAUUGUUCAUUAUGGCCAAAAUUACAACAUAUUCGUGUUGCUGCUGAAUUUAUAUUAAAUUUAUCUAUUCCAGUAGAAUUUACAGCUCUAUGGGGUUAUCUUGGUACUGCUUAUGAACUAGAGGCAUUUGUUAAAUCAUGUCCAUCCGAUCAAGAAAUUGUUUUGCAUUGGACACGCCGUGAAGCAUCAUCAAGAGACUAUCUUCAAUUAACAAAAGAAGAGCCAAGAUUUUCAUUUGAUGUACCAAAACAUCGCCGUUAA